ACAUGCUUUUAUUUUCUUUGUAAAUCAGAUUUGAGAUACAGAGAGAAAGAGAGAAAGUGAAGGUGUUAGCUGCAAUGGCGAAAAAGGCCGUUCUGAUCGGAAUCAACUACCCAGGAACGAAAGCGGAGCUACGAGGGUGCAUAAACGACGUGUGGAAGAUGCACAAGUGCCUCGUCGAACGAUACGGCUUUUCCGAAGAUGACAUCACCGUUUUGAUCGACACGGACAGCUCUUACACGGAGCCAACUGGCAAGAACAUUCGGUCAGCGUUGAGUAGGUUGGUGCGAUCGGCGGAGGCAGGUGACGUGCUGUUCGUUCAUUACAGUGGUCACGGUACUCGCCUUCCCGCGGAAACCGGAGAGGAUGACGACACUGGUUACGAUGAAUGCAUUGUUCCUUCUGAUAUGAACCUCAUCACUGAUGAUGAUUUCAGGGAAUUUGUAGAUGGGAUCCCUAGAGGUUGCAGACUCACAAUUGUGUCAGAUUCUUGCCACAGUGGUGGCCUAAUUGAAGAAGCUAAGGAGCAGAUAGGGGAGAGUACAAAGGGGGAAGAGCAUCAUUCUGGCUCUGGCUUUGGAUUGUCAAGCUUUCUACAUAGGACUGUGGAAGAUGCCAUUGAGUCUCGUGGAUUUCAUGUGCCUUCAGCAUUGCACCAUCAUAGAAGCCGGGACGGUGAUGAUGGAGCUGGAGAUAGGGAUAUUGAACUUCCACAUGGGCAUCAUUGCUAUGUAAAGAAUAGGUCAUUGCCACUUACUACCCUCAUUGAUAUACUGAAGCAGAAAACUGGGAAAGAUGAUAUAGAUGUUGGGAAACUGAGACCUACACUCUUUGAUGUUUUUGGGGAAGAUGCUAGUCCUAAAGUAAAGAAGUUCAUGAAUGUUAUCUUGAAUAAACUCCAGCAUGGAAGUGGUGAAGGUGGGGAACAAGGUGGCGGAUUAUUGGGGUUGGUGGGUGGUCUUGCCCAAGAAUUUCUCAAGCAAAAGCUGGAUGAGAAUGAUGAGGGGUAUGCAAAGCCUGCCAUGGAGACACAUGUGGGAAGUAAGCAUGAGGCAUAUGCUGGAUCAUCCAAACGCAGCCUUCCAGAUGGUGGAAUUUUGAUGAGUGGCUGUCAGACUGACCAAACUUCUGCAGAUGCAAGUCCUUCAGGAAAUUCUGCAAGUGCUUAUGGGGCUUUUAGCAAUGCAAUUCAAGCUAUAAUUGAGGACACUGAUGGAGCAAUCACAAACCAGGAGCUGAUUUUGAAGGCAAGAGAGAAGCUGGAGAGGGGUGGUUUCACUCAACGACCUGGACUCUAUUGCAGUGAUCAUCACGUUGAUGCUCCUUUUGUGUGUUGAUCUGCUCCCAUCUGAUGCCAGGGAGAAAAGAGAAGAAUAAUGUGUGUUGUUUAUAGUAUGUUUGUGUUACUGUAUAUGUUUGAACAAUCAAAAUCAGGUUAUUAUUUUCAUACUGCUAUGAUAUAAGAUAUGGACUAUUCUCUCCAACAUUUUAGUAUUUCUUGAAUCUUUGCUGAUUGGAGCAUUGUUUAUACAUUACCCUUUGUGCUAGGAGACCAAAAUUUC